AUGGGGUCUGAUGGCAUAGAAGUUGAGGUUGAGAAAGAAGAGCCCAAGGGGUGUGAUUUGCUCAUUGAUUUCGAACAUCCCAAUGACUCUCGAAUUCCCCAGAACUGGCCGCUGGCCAAGAAAGUUCUUGUAGUCGUCGUGUUAUCUGUGUUCAAUCUCAUUGGAACAAUCACCAGCAGUAUCAUGAGCCCUGCGCACACAAGGGUCGCCGCAGAGUUUGGGGCUAGCAGAGAGGUAGCGAUUCUAUGCACCACCUUGUUUAUGGCAGGAUAUAUCUUCGGAUUUCUCACAUUUGGCCCACUUUCAGAAAAGUUCGGCCGCAAAUGGCCUUUGAUUGGUGGCAUCGCAAUCUCCUCCUUUCUGGAACUCAUGCCUGCGCUUGGUACAAACAUACAGACUAUUGUUAUUGGUCGAUUGUUUGCUGGGUUUUUUGGAGUCUCUCCAGUGGCUGUCAUGGGAGGCAUCACAAGCGACUGUUUUACGCUGGCCCACCGCAGUGUCGCAAUGCCUAUCGUGAUUUGCCUGUUCUUCUCUGGCCCGACAUUUGGUCCAAUAGUUGGAAGUGCUAUCGUCGGAUCGUCACUGAGUUGGCGCUGGACUAUCUGGGUAAUGUUAAUCUCUGGGCUGGGAGUUUGCGCUAUAGCAGCCUUUGUCUUUCCGGAGACCUAUCCCCCGGCUAUUCUUCGAAAGGAAGCCCAAUUACUGCGCAAGAAAUAUAAAAAUCCUGCCAUUCGCUCAAAACUGGAAAAGGAACACUCCGGUCUUCAUGAAUUUGCACGGGUAUAUCUCCUACGGCCUUUCUGGCUGUUCUCUACUCAGCCUAUCCUCGCCCUUUUGACCCUGUAUCAAUCCUUUCUCUACGGUGUUCUUUUUCUCUUCUACCAGGCUUAUCCAUAUUACUUUGGAGAAAUCCGUGGUUGGAAUACCAGUGUCGACACUCUGCCUCUCCUUGGGAUAAUCACUAGCGUUUUUAUUGGCACUCUAGGGAUUAUAAUUUAUAACCUGGUCUAUUUCAAACACCACUGCUAUACCUCCGAUGGAAUCUUCAUUCCGGAAGCUCGGCUGCCACCAAUGAUAUUUGGCGGAGUGCUCAUCCCCAUUGGAAUAUUCUGGUUUGCGUGGACAGCACAACCGAACAUCUCAUGGCCGAGUCCCCUCUGUGCAGGUCUUUUAAUAGGGUGUGGUAUGUACUUGGUCUUUAUCCAGGGGUUUAUUUAUAUUGUGGACUGCUAUACGACAAUGGCAAACAGUGCAAUGGGGAUCAACGGGUCGAUGCGCAGCAUAUUCGGGGCUGUAUUUCCUCUCUUUGCCACCCAGAUGUUUGAGAAGCUUGGUGUCCCCCAUUCUACGACAAUUCUGGCUGCCGUGACUGUCUGUCUGAUCCCAGUGCCUGUGUGCUUCUGGUACUGGGGAGAUCGCAUCCGAGCACGGUCCUCUGCCAAAGUAUCCUCCGAGUAG